UACACUGUACUUGUUGAGUGGUGGUCCUUUCCAAGAUGAUGUGUAAAAUCUGCUGCUUAGUUUCCAGACCACUGCAUUGGUGUUGCAUGAAAGCUAGAUGCCUUGCUACUGAAUUUAGGUCCAUCUUGUCCCAGAGAACACCAGAAAGUGACAUCAGGUUAUUGAGGGCCCUAUAAUUUCCACUGUGGUGCAGAGAUAAGAGUGAACUAGAUUGCAUUCGCUGUGCAGUUAACACUUGUGCUUCUCCAAGGGGUGAGUGCUGCCAUGUGUCAGUGACAACUGUCAACUCCUCUCCCCUUCCUCCGCCUCCUCCUCUCUCUGAGACAGGAAUGUUGAUCUCUCAUCUCUGUAAUCCAUCACCUGUCUGAAUCUGUCCUUGUGUCACUUGCAUAUAUGGACAAGUUAGAAUGGCAACUUGUGACGUUGUGCUGCUAAAAACGGCUCCCGCUCCCUUCAGCUCUUUGUUUUAACAAUGUCCUCCAGUGAAAGAAAUUCAAAGGACAUUUGAUCACACAAGCCGUGGAAUUAUUUCAAGGAAACUAACCCGGAAACUGAUCGACAGUACCCUUUUAUUCUGGACAUAUGCACCUUGGAACAGCUAGGAGAUGAGCACUUCUCUGAAUUACAAGUCCUUUUCCAAAGAGCAGCAAACCAUGGAUAACCUGGAGAAACAACUUAUUUGCCCCAUCUGCUUAGAGAUGUUUACUAAACCUGUGGUCAUCCUUCCCUGUCAGCAUAACCUGUGUAGAAAAUGUGCCAGCGAUAUUUUCCAGGCCUCUAACCCAUAUCUGCCAACCAGAGGAGGCACCACUAUGGCAUCAGGUGGUCGAUUUCGCUGUCCCUCCUGCAGACAUGAAGUGGUUCUGGACAGACAUGGUGUGUAUGGACUUCAAAGGAACCUAUUAGUGGAAAAUAUCAUUGACAUAUACAAGCAGGAGUCCACCAGACCUGAAAGAAAAUCUGAGCAGCCAAUGUGUGAAGAGCAUGAGGAUGAGAAAAUUAAUAUCUAUUGUUUAAACUGUGAAAUACCCACAUGUUCAAUGUGCAAAGUUUUUGGUGCCCAUAAAGACUGCCAGGUUGCUCCUCUCAAAAACGUUUACCAGCGACAAAAGUCUGAACUCAGUGAUGGCAUUGCAGUGCUCGUGGGCAGUAAUGACAGAGUGCAAGGAAUAGUAGGUCAGCUGGAGGAGACCUGCAGGACAGUAGAGGAAUGCUGCAGAAGACAAAAAGAGCAACUGUGUGAAAAAUUUGAUUAUCUGUAUGCAAUACUGGAAGAAAGGAAAAAUGAGAUGACACAAAUAAUCACUAGAAACCAAGAGGAGAAACUGGAACAUGUCCGCUCCCUGAUGAAAAAGUAUGCCGAUCACUUGGAGACAGUGUCUAAGCUAGUUGAAUCAGGAAUCCAGUUCAUGGAAGAGCCAGAAAUGGCAGUGUUUUUGCAGAAUGUCAAAGCAUUGCUACAAAAAAUUACUGAAGCAUCUAACGCAUUUCAGAUGGAAAAAAUAGAGCCUGGCUAUGAAAAUAUGAGCCAUCUCACAGUCAGCCUCAAUAGAGAAGAAAAGAUAAUAAGAGAAAUUGACUUUUACAGAGAGGAGGAGGGUGAUGAGGAAGAUGAGGAGGUGAUGGAAGGUGAAGAGUUUGAUGAAGUCCGCACAGAGUCAUCUGGUGAGGAAGAAGAGGUAGCUGAGAAAGUAUCCCAGCAAUCUCAGCUGGACUCAGAACCCAAGAGCACAACAGGAGGCCCGCAGACUGAAUCAGCCCCAUCAUUAUCACCAGCUGCCUCAGUUAGUCAGGGUGAGGUUGUGCCAAGUGGUGCUCGACAGACUGCAGAGUCUGAAACACAAAUGCCAUCAACAGCAGAAACCAUCGAUCCCUUGUUUUACCCUAGUUGGUAUAAGGCCAAAUCACGGCAAGUAAGCAGCCCAAGUUUGAUCCAGCUGAGUGAUGGGUUGGGCCAAGUAGGGCCAUCCAUUUCUCUGGAAAUGAAUGUAAAGAAGGCAGAAACUACAGAAGCAGCAACAAGCAAUGAGUGUGCACCUGGGAGUGGUAAGGAAACUAGCACAACUGCAGCUACUUCCCAGACUGGGUCUGAACCAUCCCCUCAAGGACAAGUGGAAGACGUUCCAGUGAGCAGUGAAAGAGCUGAUGAGCCGGCUCGUCAUGUCUUCUCUUUCUCCUGGUUAAACUCAUUGAAUGAAUGAUGACUAUCAUUCCAGCUGGCUUUGGAUGUGCUUACCUAAGAGGAGCCAUGAGGCAGCAAGUGACCUGGCUGGAACCAACACGAAAUAGUCCAUAUAAGGGACAUCUUGAUCAGGUUUAAUUCCAAGGGCGUUAUUUGAAUUCCAUUAUACUGUAUCUGAUACUUUUAGAUUAGAGUGAUGUUUGGAAAUAGAUGAAUAAAGGGAGUGGGAAAACUGGACUAAUAGAUGUCUUGAUGAAAUACUAUACUAAGUUUGACUGUGUGUUCAAGUAAAACCUGUUUCAGAAAGGAGAAUGUUGAACAGAAGCUUCAGGCUAUAAUUAUAGUUGCAAAAUUAGUGAGCACUAUGAUUAUCUGUAGCCAGCCUAGGUGUCCUGCUGUAUUUUUGUAAGUGCUUACCCAACACUGUUAGUUGAAAUAUGACUAAUGGCAUCAUUUGUCAAUGAAAAUAUGACCCCCUCACUACUCUUAAUUACUCCAGUUGGAGUAACUCCAUCUUUUCAACUUAUUGCUAAUGCUUGUGGCAAAUCCUUGAUGAUAGCCACAAAAUUCAAAGGUAAGUCUAAAAUUCCACUCAACACAACCACUGUGCUGAAUUGCUCCGGCACAGGUGGUGCUACUGCAUGCUGAUGUGCAAUAACUGAGCAUAAAGGGGGAUGGCAAGAGGAGCAUUUCACCCUUAGAUUUGUAUUUUCCAGCUGUGGUUGAUAGGUCACAAUGAAUAACACUCAAACCAUUCAGAAAUGUUAUUUGGUGUUAUAUUUUAUAUAGCUGUAGACAAUAAAGAUAUAGGUAUAGGAAGCACUGGAUUGGAACCCUUCAUGAAUUAUGUGGGAUACUGAUCUAUAUGUGGUUCAUUAUCUGUACUUCCCCAAAAGGCAAAGAGAGGGUUCUGAAUGAGUGUCAGCUUGUGCCUGUCUACCACAGUCUGUUAUACCUAUAGCUUCUCAACUUCCUUUAAUACUCUCUCACUUUUAUCAUAAUGAGCAAUUUGAUAGUAAAAGGGCAAGACCUCUGAAACCAGGAAAGACCAUUCUGAGCUGAACUGUGAUGAGUUUAUAGCAAGUAUCUCUUAAAGAUUGCAUUUGAAAGAUUAUAAACCCGUGGAAAAGGCUACCACAGUGCAGAGAGAAGUGUACUACAGAUAUUUAACUAAUGAAACUGAUUACAUAAACUGACAUGCCUUUUAUAAUGGUGAGCAGAUUGAUAUUGCAUUUGAUUCUGAAGGUGAAAUUCUGGGAGUUUUCCCACUGACGUCCGUGGGGUCAGGAUUUCACCCUAACUCUCUAAGGACAGUUUAAAAAAUGAUUACAGAACUGACUACUGUAUUUCCUAAUCAGUGCUGAGUGUCAUCAUCUCUGAAAGUGUUCAGUAGUCUUUGAGAGUGAUCAAUAUCUUACAAGGUCAGGGUCUGAGAGCCAGAUCCAAAGCCCACUGAAGUCAAGGGGAAUCUUUCCCC